AUGACUACGAUCUCGUAUGCAGAGGUGCAGAAGCACAAGACCAAGGACAGCUGCUGGGUGAUACUGUACGGCGAGGUUUGGGACGUGACUGACUUUCUCGAAGAGCACCCAGGUGGCAGCUCAAUCAUUCUCAAGCUAGCAGGCCAAGACGCGACGACCGAGUAUGACCCAGUGCAUCCGCCGGGCACGCUCGAGGAGAACCUACCUGGCUCAAAGCGACUGGGACAGAUCGAUCCGACAACGCUGCCUGAGCCCGUGAAGCCAGCCAAAGAAAUCGGCCCAGAGGCAGACCAGGACAUCGAGAUCCCCAUCGAGAACCUCCUGAACCUGGACGAGAUAGAAGAGGCAGCCACGAAGAAACUAUCAAAGAAAGGAUGGGCGUACUACUACUCGGCCGCCGACGACCUACACAGCAAGCACCUCAACAACACAGCAUACAGACAAAUAUUACUGCGUCCUAGAGUGUUCGUGGACUGCUCAAGAUGCGACCUCUCAACCACAUUCCUGGGUCGCAAGCUCGACCUACCGAUCUACGUCUCACCCGCAGCAAUGGCACGUCUUGCACAUCCGGACGGAGAAUGGGGUAUCGCGCAAGCAUGCAAGAAAUACGGCGCCAUGCAGAUCAUCUCGAACAACGCGUCCAUGACACCUGAACAGAUCGUGAAGGAUGCCGGGCCAGAUCAAACCUUCGGGUGGCAGCUAUACGUGCAAACCGAGCGCAAGAAAUCGGAAGCGAUGCUGGCGCGAAUCAACAAGCUGGACGCCAUCAAAUUUAUAUGCUUAACACUCGACGCGCCCGUACCUGGCAAGCGCGAGCACGAUGAGCGGAGCAAGAACAUCGUCGAGGACACGGAUGCAGCAAUCAAAGACGCAGGCGGGUCGAAGCUCAAGGGCGGUGGCGGCAUCGGGCAAUCGCUCUUCUUCGGAACGGAUCCCACACUGACCUGGAAGGAGACGUUGCCCUGGCUGAAGAAGCACACUAGUAAACCGAUCAUUCUGAAGGGCCUUCAGGCACAUGAAGAUGCGUUCAUUGCCGCACAGCACUCCGAUCAGGUGAAGGCCAUCAUCCUCAGCAAUCAUGGUGGUCGGGCGGCUGACACCGCGCCGCCGGCUGUGCAUACACUGCUUGAGAUUCGGAAGUACUGUCCAGAAGUCUUCAACAACAUUGAGGUCAUCGUCGACGGCGGGAUCAAGCGCGGUACCGAUGUCGUCAAGGCACUGGCACUGGGAGCGAAGGCAGUGGGCGUCGGACGGGCGGCCCUGUUCGGACUAGGCGCAGGCGGCAUUGAAGGCGUCGAGCGUGUUCUCGAGAUCCUGAAGGCCGAGACUGCUACAGCGAUGCGGCUACUGGGUGUCGAAUUCGUCAAGGACCUCGGUCCACGGCAUAUCAACACGAGAGCACUGGAGCGGGAUAUAUAUGAUGGACCGGCUGGUCUGGAGGGCUUUGGGAAUGUCGGGCUUUGGUUAAGUCGAAGUUAUAAUCCCGAUCUAGUCAGCUGA